GAGAGAACGUUCACAGGAUCAAGAGCCUAGAAAUCUAAAAGUGUUAGUUAGUGGAUUUUACCAAACACAAAUUGUCAGAGAUUUGGUACAUUGCUGUUUCAGAAAGAGGAGAGUUCAGAAUAAAGGUUGCAAGUGGGAAUGGAGGCAUGUGUAACAGAGAUUGGAAGUCCCCUUUGUACAUUCUGUCCUGCUAUGAGGUUAGUCUCUCAUUUCCUAUGAGAGCACCUUCAUUACCACCUGACUCCACCUUGCAGCCUAUGCUAAUGUCUUUUCAUCUACUUCUGAACUGUUUAGAGUCUACCCAUCUACUAAGCCCUAGCUCAGUUUCAUGUCCUCCUUCAAGUCUUCUUUGAAGAUUGUUUCCAUUUCUUUCUCCAUUCGCUAAGAUCUUGUGUUAAUAGUUAAAAUCAUACUAGUUAGCAGGUAAUAGUUAAAGCAAAAGUGUGAGCCCACUCCCCUCGAGUUAGGUAGUGUAAUUCUUGAGUUUGGAGACUAUACUCUAAAAUUCUUUCGUAUAUUCCUUGCAAAAAUUCCAGGUUCAUACUUAUUAGAUAUACCAUCAGGUCUAAAGUUCUGUUAAAUAUUCAAGAACCACUUAAAAAUACUGCACAAAACCUUCUAUCCGGGAAUGCGUAAAAUUUUCAAGUGAAAUAUAUCCAUUUUGACUAUUCCAACAAGAUUGCCCAAGUCAUUCCUAUAGCAGAGUAGAAAACUUUGAAUUGAUUCAGAAUUGUCAAAAGGGGCAGCCGCCAUAGAGGCUUGUAGCAGAGAGCGCUGAAAUUCGAUCUGCAUUAAAUAGCGACAUUAUAAUAAUCUCAAAGGUAAAAGUGUUAAAUUUCACAAACAUCUAGAAAAGGGAGCAAAAGACCAUCUAACAAUAGUUGGCUUAUCUGUCAGAUCACGGUUCCUAAACACACUGCGGUUCAGAUUCUAAACCUGAGUUUUACAGCAUUAGACGCCGGCAGCCAAUUGGGCCGUCUGGUUGCCGUGCAUCCUGGGAGCUGUAGUUUCCGGCUCCCUCCUCCUGACUCCAAACUCCACCGAGCAGCUGGAGGACGGUUGCUUGGUAUUAUUAGCAAGCGGGAAGUAUGGCGGUGGCGUGCGUCGACCCGGCUUUGCCUCCUGGAGAAGGAUCAGUGGUCAACUGGUCAGGACAGGGGCUACAGAAAUUAAGUCCAAACUUACCUUGUGAAGCUGAUAUUCAUACUUUGAUUCUGGAUAAAAAUCAGAUUAUUAAAUUGGAAAAUCUUGAGAAAUGCCGACGAUUAAUACAGUUGUCAGUGGCUAAUAAUCGUCUGGUGCGAAUGAUGGGUGUGGCCAAACUGACCCAACUCCGGGUGUUAAAUUUGCCUCAUAAUAGCAUUGGCUACGUGGAAGGGCUGAAGGACCUAGUACAUUUGGAAUGGCUGAAUUUGGCAGGAAAUAAUCUGAAGGCCAUGGAACAAAUGAGUAGCUGUGCAGCUCUACAACACCUUGAUUUAUCAGACAAUAACAUACCCCAGAUAGGUGAUCUAUCUAAAUUGGUAUCACUGAAGACCCUGCUUUUACAUGGAAACAUCAUCACCUCUCUUAGAAUGGCACCUGCUUAUCUACCCAGAAGUCUUGCUAUACUUUCCUUGGCAGAAAAUGAAAUUCGGGACUUAAAUGAGAUCUCUUUCUUGGCAUCCUUAACUGAAUUGGAACAGUUAUCCAUCAUGAACAACCCUUGUGUGAUGGCAACACCAUCCAUUCCAGGAUUUGACUAUCGGCCAUACAUUGUCAGCUGGUGCUUAAACCUCAGAGUCCUAGAUGGUUACGUGAUUUCUCAGAAGGAAAGUUUGAAAGCUGAAUGGCUCUACAGUCAAGGCAAGGGGAGAGCAUAUCGGCCAGGCCAGCAUAUCCAGCUUGUGCAGUAUCUGGCUACUGUCUGUCCUCUAACUUCCACACUGGGUCUUCAAACUGCAGAGGAUGCCAAACUAGAGAAGAUUCUGAGCAAACAGAGGUUUCACCAGAGACAAUUGAUGAACCAAAGCCAAAGUGAAGAGCUAGCCUCUCUUGCUCCUGUUGAAACAAAAGCACCCCUUGUACCUGAGCAUUCAAGCCCUGUUCAAGAUGGCCAGAUAGUCCAGGAAAGCGAACCUGUCAUCCAAGUCAAUUCUUGGGUUGGGAUUAACAGUAACGAUGAUCAAUUAUAUGCUGUUAAGAAUAACUUUCCAGCCUCUGUGCACACUACAAGAUAUUCUCGAAAUGACCUGCAUUUGGAAGACAUACAGACAGAUGAGGACAAGUUAAACUGUAGUCUUCUCUCUUCAGAGUCCACUUUUAUGCCAGUUGCUUCAGGACUCUCUCCAGUAUCACCUACAGUUGAGCUGAGGCUACAAGGCAUUAACUUGGGCCUAGAAGAUGAUGGUAUUGCAGAUGAAUCUGUGAAAGGGCUGGAAAACCAGGACUUUGAUAAGGAAGAGGAAAAGGCGUUUUGGACUACAAAUGAGAAUUCUGUUCAAAUGAAGGAAAGUGUCAUCACUGCAGAGGUAAAUGAGAAAGAUGGGCUCUUACCUUGUCUGGAGCCAACAGUAACUGGUGCUGUCUUGAAGGAUGACGCCUUUGGUGGUCUUACAUCUUUUCCUGAGUCAGUUGGACACAGUGUCUUCCAUACACAGCCAGGCAGUGGAGAAACUGUAGCUUCAGAGAAACUUCCCUGUGGGGUUUUAACCCAGAGAUCUGUUGCUUUGGGACAAGAUAAAGUUGCCCUUCAGAAAUUAAAUGAAGCAGCCACGAAACUUCAGGCCUAUUGGCGGGGUUUUUAUGCCAGGAACUACAACCUCCAAGCUAAAGAUGUGCGUCAUGAAAUUCGGCUGCGCAGAAUGCAGGAACACAUUGUUUGCUUAACUGAUGAAAUAAGGAGAUUAAGAAAAGAAAGAGAUGAAGAACGUAUUAAAAAAUUUGUACAAGAAGAGGCUGUCAGAUUCCUUUGGAACCAGGUAAGGUCUCUACAAGCUUGGCAACAGAUGGUGGAUCAGCGUCUAAGUUCCUGGCAUACUGAUGUUCCUCCUGUAUCAAGUACUCUAGUGCCCUCUAAACAUCCAUUAUUCACCCAAAGUCAGGAGCCCUCUUCUGAUCAAAAUUCUGAUUGGUUCAUUGCUCCUGAUGAGGCUCCUCAAGAGAAAUCUUUACCAGAAUUUCCAGACUCUGGUUUUCAUUCUUCCCUAACAGACCAAGUUCACUGUUUGCAGGAUUCUCUGGAUUUUGAGAAAAGUUCCACAGAAGGCAGUGAAAGUUCCAUAAUGGGGAAUUCCAUUGACACAGUCAAAUAUGGCAAAGAGUCAGAUACAGGGGAUGUCAUUGAUGAACACAGUGAAUGGAAUAAGGAAAGCUUAAACAAUGAGCAGGAUAAUAGUCUACUUGAGCAGUAUUUAACUUCAGUUCAACAGCUAGAAGAUGCUGAUGAGAGGACAAAUUUUGAUGAAGGGACAGGAGAUAGUAAGCUUGACAUACCUUCUUCCCCUGAAAAGUUAGAUGCCUUGUCUGAUGGUGCUUCUGUAGAUGAUACUCAUGGCAUAUCUCCUACUUUGCAAGAUGAAAUCAGCCAGGCACCAGAAAAUUGUAAAUUAAAUGCUGAAGUUCAAGGGCAACAGUCAGACUGCGAUUCUAAAUUUCAGGUAUUGCAUGUUGGUAUUACAGUGUAGCAUGUGUGGUUGCUUGGGAGGAGAAAGUUUCUUAAGAAUUUCAGUUGUCUUUUUUU